CGGCAAAUAUAAAAAAUUGGAAUCUGAAAGACUAACGUUCAUUGUCCACUUAUUCUCUCUCCACUUGUAUCGAAAGACCAAUUGCUUAUAUGAGACAAAACAAGAUUCAUAUUAUAUCAAAGAACAAGAAACAUUCAGUUUAAAAUGGCAACUGAUACAGGCCAAGGUGAUGGAGGGGAUAAUAAUAUCCAAGUAUUUGUGAGAAUCCGGCCUCCAGGGCCUGAUGAACCAGCUUACACGAGAGUAGUCGAUGUUGAUCCUAAUAACUCCCAAAUUAUUCUGAGACAGGAGCCAAAUCCUCGCGUAUUUGCAUUUGAUUAUGUGGCAGAUACUGACUCUAAACAGGAGACAAUUUUCUCUGUGCUGGGAAAGAAGGUGAUAGAGAACUGUAUUACAGGCUACAAUGGAACUAUAUUUGCUUAUGGACAGACCGGGUCGGGCAAAACAUUUACAAUGAUGGGACCAUCGGAAGAUGCUGACAACUUUCAGCAUGAAUUGCGUGGUGUGAUUCCUAGGAGUUUUGAAUAUUUAUAUAACCUCAUCGCCAGGGAAAAAGAGUUGCAUGGUGAUAGUAAAGAGUUCUUGUGUAAGUGUUCCUUCCUAGAAAUAUACAAUGAACAGAUAUUUGACCUCUUGGAACCAUCGUCUAAUUCUCUGCAUCUACGGGAGAGCCUGAAGACUGGGGUAUAUGUGUCUGGCCUAUCUGAACAGGUGGUUGCUGAUGCUAGCGAAGCAUAUGAGGUAUUAAGUUCCAGUUGGAUGAACAGAAAAGUUGCGUCUACAGCAAUGAACAGAGAGAGUUCAAGAAGCCAUGCUGUUUUCACAUUACAGAUUGAAUCAAAGGAGUAUAAAGGUGGGUUAGAAAACAUAAAAACAUCGUCAUUGAAUCUCGUGGAUCUUGCGGGAAGCGAACGACAGAAAGACACUGGGGCAAGUGGUCUUCGUCUAAAGGAAGCGGGAUCAAUUAAUAAAUCAUUGUCUAACCUUGGAAACGUCAUAAUGUCGUUAGUGAGUGCAGCAAGAGAUGGCAAGAAGAGAUUCAUACCUUACAGAGACUCAAAGCUUACCUUUCUCUUACGGGAUUCUCUAGGAGGCAAUGCCAAGACAAGUUUGAUUGCCUGUGUACACCCUGGACACAAGUGUUUUGGAGAGACACUCUCGACAUUGUUGUUUGCAAAGAGAGCGAAGAUGAUCAAAAAUAAGGCUGUCCUCAAUGAAAACUCCUUGGGCAACAUAAAACAAUUGCAGGCAGAAAUGAAGGUGCUUCGCGAGGAGUUAAAUCAAUAUAAAAUGGGACUCAUACCUCAGCAACCUGCUAUAGCUCCGGCAGAGAGUAUGCCAGUUCUCAGGCAGAUGUUUUUACAGGCCAUGAUGCUAAGGCAACUAGCUGAAUCGGAAAAACAGGAGUUACAUGUUAGAGUGGAAAAACUACGGGAACUGUGCGAGAAAAGAGACAAAGCCAUACAGACAAACAAGAUGAUUAUCAAAUUCAGGGACAACAACAUAAAACGCCUCGAGGGAAAAACAAAAGAAGUUAAAGAAACAAGGGAGGAAGACUUGUUGAAAGAGCUGGAGGUUUUACGUACACAGAAUGAACACCAUCCUGGUGUAGCAGCACUUUCAGGCGAGGUCCAUAGACUGAAGAAAUUAGUGAAAAAUCUCCAGGAAGAUAGUGGUGUCUUAGUUAAUGUACAUGAAGACAGUCAGAAAGUGAGACAGUUGGAAGAAGAAUUUCAUAAACUGAUAGCGGAACAAAACAAUAAAGAUGAAAAGCCGAUUACCCCUCAGCGGGUGGAUGUUGUAUCAACAGCAACAAUUGAGAAGAUGAGGUCUCAGAUUGAGCAGCUGCAAGAAGAAUUAACCAUAUGUAAACAGGCAGCUGAAAAGCAGGAGUUACUUAGCAAGAAUGAGAUUGAGUCAUUCAAGAAGUAUGUGGCUGAACUAGAGAUGGUUAUUUCAGCAAACAAUAUGCGCACCAAGCUAGAGAAAGCUGCCAUAAAUGAAAUGCACAGACAGACUGUUAUGACAAUAACAACUCCGAAAAAAGAACGUUACCGAUUAAGAAAUAGAACUGUAGUAGCACCUUCAGAUACACCAGACCUUGACACUACCAUACCAUUUGAGAACGAGGGAUCACCUGCUGAGGCCCCGCCAGAGGAGGAAGGUAUAUUGGCAGAAGACGUUCCCGAGGAGGUGGAACAGCAAGCACAGGAGGCCCUGCUUGAUCAGAUAAAACAUCUGCAGGAGAAAAAUAUGGACAUGGAAACGCGUCUGUCAGAGUAUGAGACAGAGAGGGUAAAACAGUUACACCAACAAACUGUCCUCGAGUCCCAACUGAGCAGUAUAGAAGAGUUACUUGACAAAGAGAGGAUAACAGUUAGCAGUUUGAGAGAAGAACUAAACCAGGCGGAACCCAAACUUAAAGCAGCAAAUGAGGAAAGGGAGAAUGCUGUUGGAGAAACACGGGAUUUGAGGUUACUGCUGGCACAGGCUGAUAAAGAACUCAAAGAAAAUAAAGAGAAAAUGAAGUUGGUCAAAGCUGAGAAUGACAAAUACAUUGAAGGUGUUGAGUCCAAAUUUGCACAGUUUGCUCUUGCUCUUGAACAAAUGGAAAAAAAGGAAGAAAAAUUGAAUGAAGAAAACGAAAGCUUACUGUAUUCGCUUGAAGCUGAAAAAGGUACCAGACAGUUUUUUGAAGACCAUGCACUGAAGUUGGAAUUGACUAAGAAAGAAAAUGAGCUCAAAAUAAAAGAGCUGGAAAAUAAUCUUCAGAUUGCUGAGCAAACAUUACUGGAAGAGAAGGAUAUGAGGGAGAGUAUGGAAGGUCAGCUUAGCUGUGAAGGCAAUGAAAAAGAGAGAAAGAUGCUGAAGACAUGUGAGGAGAACAAACAGUUGCAGAUAGAAUUCCACUCCUUACAGAACAUGUUAGAUGCUCAUACACACUCAGCAGCUACCCUGAGACAGGCAUUAGACGACAGAGAUAUUAAAAUUCAAAAUCUCGAGAAAAACUUGAAAGGAAUAGAGGACAAGUUAAUGCAGUCUUACCAGAGAAUAGAAGAACAGAGUGGUAACAUUACUGAAUUAAAAGAAAUAGUGGAGAGUGCUGAAGAACAGAUUGCCUUUUACAAGGAGAAAGAAGAGGUAUUAGCAAGGAAGAUAGAAAAGUUAGAGGCAGGCCUCAAAGCCAAGGAUGACGAAUUGGCUGUUGAAAAGGAGAUACACACGGUUGAAAUUGAAACUUUGAAUGUAGAGGCCAAGAAUUGUCAGGACAAUUUAGAAAUUGUUCAAGACGAGUGCACAAGACUCACGGAGCAACUGGAGGACAAAAAGUUAACUAACAACAAACUUAGAAAGGAAGUUGACAGACUUACAGAUUUACUGAAUACUAAAGAAGAGGCUAAUGCAAAAUUAAGCAGUACCUCAUUGGAGUUAGCCGAGUUGACAGAAAAGUGGAGCCAACUUGAAAGUGCACACAUGGAAAGAAUAAAUGAAAAUGCUCAACUUAAGGCCAAACUAGAUGUGGUAGACAAUGUGAAUAAAUCUAUAGGCAAUGAAUUAGAGUGCCUUAAAGCAGAAAAACACUCCUUAACAGAAAAACUGGAGUGCCAGAGUUCUGAGUUAUCUCAGUUGUUGAUGAGAUGUAAUGCAGCAGAGGUGAGGACAAAGAAGGGGGAGGUGGAGCUAAGUGAGGCUCAGUACAGACUGAUGGAACUUGACAGGAAUUUGGCAGAGAUGACAAGAGAAAAUGAGGAACUAAGGCAGAUGGAAGCUAGACUGAAAACGCUUGCAGAGAAAGACAAUGCAGAAAAGACGAGGCAAAAAGUGGAAUUAGAUACCAUGAAAACUAAACUGGGAGAUUUGUUCAAGUGCUUUGAUGUUGCAGAAGAAGAGGAGUUCAGAUUCGAUGAUCUUGUGCUAAAAGUACAAACAAUGAAAGAAGACAAUGAGAAACUUGUGGUUGAGAACAUUAAUCUAGUUGGCCACAGCAAUCAUAAACAGAAAAUCAAAUACCAUGAAAAUUUAAAGCAUGAGAAUUGUGGCCUAAAGAAGGAAAUUGAGACACUGAGGCUUAAGAACCGACAUCUUGAGGAUGAAGUAAAGGAGAUAAAGAAGCAGGUACAAAUGUCGGACAUAAAGCACAUGAAAGUUGGUGCAGUACCUCUCAAAGAGAACAUUGUACCGCAGCAUAAAGCUUUCCUCUCUGGGGACUUCACACAAAGAUCCCCACAUUAUAGUACAGUGCAACACAAAGAUAAAAAGAAAUAGAUGUGAAAGUCAUUUAUCAUUCAUAGGGAAUUUUCAUGGAUUUUCAUUUCAUAAAUACCUGGAUGUAUUUAUCAGUACCACAUUAAUGGUAACUACCUUGUGCUAUUGUUAAGGUGUGCUGGUGUUCCAGUGACUGUGUGAAGCAGUAAAUGUUAAGGCUGUGAAUGAUUUUGGGUAAUUAGAACAUAUGUUUGUGAAGGAUACUGAAGUUCUCAAGUAAUUGAAAUUAUGUUGUCAGCUGAUCAGUGCUGCUGAUGAGAACUGCUUACUUGAGACUGACAUGAAGCUGAAAUACCAGGAAACUUAAUGUAGUGUGCAGUACAUUUGCUGCUUCAGCAUUAAGACAAAAACGUGAGAUAAAUGCUAUUUAAUGUCCAAAGCUGAACUUUAGAUGAAAUACCUUUGGUCAAGCAGUAUAAAGGUAAACAAGUGAGAUAUAUUGUGUUUAUACUGACAUAAAGUUGAAAUGCGAUGAAAUUUAAUGUAGUCUGCAUUACCUGAGGACUUGCAAUAUUUAGGCAACAAGCAGGCAUAACUUGUCCUACAAAAUGUUAAGGUGAUUGAAGAUCAGUUUACUUGAUUUGUUAAUAUAAGGUUUGAUAAAAAUGUCUGAAACAAAACAAAACUUAAAAAGAGGAAGUAAAUAUAAAUAAAGGUGUAAUUUAAAAAUGUUACAUUGCACAGAAAUUAAUAUUAGCAAAAUUAUCAUGACUUUAAAACAUUUACCAUUUCAUAUUUAAUUAGUUGUUACCAUUUCUUAAUCUUACUCAGUAUUUAACUUGUGUUUUAGCUCGACUAUGCAAAGUGUAUGGAACUAUUUUACUUGCUCCGUAUGUGUUCAAAACUUUGUUUAAGUUUUAAAACACUUCCUCUUCAUCUCUGUUAUAACUGUACUUUGCUUCAGAUUUAAAAUAAUUGUUUCAAAUUAUCAACCACAUUUUGCUUGUGUCUGUAUGUAGGUAUAUUUAUUACUAAGUACUGCACUUGCUGAAAGUGCAGUUUCAGGCUGUCCUACUGUUUGAAGCUUGAAAAAAUAAUGAAAUACCAAACACCUACAACUACAUGUAUAGUUUUUGCUCAUUGUUUUAUAUCUGAAAGUUGCAUAUGUAUUUAAUUUUAUCAUGUGACAUUUAUCAUUUAUAUACAUGGAUGUUGCUGUUGUCAGUAUCAGUUUAUCAUUUAUAUACAUGGAUGUUGCUGUUGUCAGAAUCGGUUUAUCAUUUAUAUACAUGGAUGUUGCUGUUGUCAGAAUCAGUUUAUCAUUUAUGUACAUGGAUGUUGCUGUUGUCAGAAUCGGUUUAUCAUUUAUGUACAUGGAUGUUGCUGUUGUCACAGGGCACUCAUUUGGCCAUUUUUGGGACCGAAUAUGGGUACCAUUCCUCCCCUAAAAUAAUAUGUUUUUUCCCCUUUCUCAGAAGAAAAUUCCCCUGAUGAUAAGUUGUUUGACACAAAUAGAUAUUAACUCUUUUCUUUUAAUAUUAUAUAGUGCCUCUAAGGAAGAUUACUGCUGCAAUAUAGUCACAUCAGUUAGAAAUGAUUGAAAACAGUAUUAAUAAGUGUGAAAAGUAGUUACAUAUACAUGGCUCAAACUUCCCCUUUUCGUCUUAAAAUGUCGAAAAAUUCCCCUUCCUGAGGGUAUGGGUACCUGUCCCCAAAAGUUUUCUAGUGCCCUGUGUCAGAAUCAGUUUAUCAUUUAUGUACAUGGAUGCUGCUGUUGUCAGAAUCAGUUUAUCAUUUAUGUACAUGGAUGUUACUGUUGUCAGAAUCAUUGUUUUUAUUCUUCAUCAUGUAGAAACUGAUCUCUUGUUAUGUAUUUUCGUUUUGUAUGUAAAAAUAAUGAAGUUUGUAUGAUAGUUUUUAUUAUUAGAGUAAUAGGUUAAAGCAUGGAAGUAAUAGAUGUAUAGUAUUUGAUGUUUUUGGUCUACACUGAAUUCACAUCAGCAAGUGCUUUUGUAUAUAUACUGAAAAAAAAAGGAUUGGUCAGUAGAAAUACUUUGGAAAUCUGAAAGUGGAUAUUUAAAGCAGGACGUGUACCUGGGUAUGAAAAUUAGCAAAGCCUGAAAUUGUAUUUGGAUAUGUAGCAGACAGAAUCGAAGAUUAAAUUCAGCACAUGUAUAGCAACUUAAAUGUAAUUAUACUGCUAUGUCUCAUCUAAAUUGUUCUUCUUUCAAAGUAAAUGGAGGUAAUUUGCUGACUUAAAAACAACAACUUUAUAGAUCUUUAAAAAAAAUAUUGAAACCUUACCUGAUGUUAUAGACGUGCAUGUAUAAAAUAGGUGCGCAAGUUCGUAUCAUGAUAAAGACUCCUGCAAGGUUUCAUAAAUUUAUAUCAAAUACUUUUCGAGCUGGGUGCGUCACAAACUUUGGACGGACGCACAGAUGCACGGACAAGACCAAAUCUGUAUGCCCCCACCACUCAUUGGGAUGGGGGGUGGGGGGCAAAUAUUUUGAAAAUUAGGCAAAUAAAAAAGAUAAGUUCAUGAACUUGACUUUUGGUAGACUGUUUUGAAAAACUUGGGACCUCACAGGUUUUCACAAUGGAAGUUUACUGGAAAAUUACAAAUUUGAUGACAUUGUUAAAAUAUUUUUUUUCUACAUUGUAGAUUUUAAUGAAACUACAUAACUAAGUUGUAAAUUACCACAGUCUGUAUUAAAUAUGGUAAUGUAAAAUGUGUAAGUCUAUAUGCUUGUAUUUUUAGAUAUUUUCUUGUGAUUCAGAUCAGCAGAUUUUAAGACAUUAUUUAGAAUUAUUAGAUGUGCCAGACUUGUUAAUAUCAUAUUUUAAUAAUCUUGCGGGUAGUUAUUAAUUCAUGAAGUGAGUUUCGUUUUGGUAUGCCAAACACAAACUUUAUUCUACUUUUUCUGGAUAAAUUGUUUUUGUCAUUAUAUCUAUUUUUUCAGAUUUGCAGAACUACCUUAUUGCGUAUGAUCUGUUUCAUUUGUUAAGCUUGUUUUCUCCUGUGUAUGCUCUUCCUUUCUUUUUUCCUUUCUUGCUGUCAUUCUGUCUCUCAUUUUACAUCUUAAUGAAUUAAAAAAUGUCAGAAAUUAACCAUUAAAUAUAUAUGAAAAUGUAUCCAUAAUAUAAUACUGAAUUGAG